CCGAGAGGCGUCCGCACCUUACCUGGAUCCUGCGACACCUCCUUCCUCUACACUCCUUCCUCCUCCUGGAAAAGAGGACUAUCCUAGUAUCCUCAGACCUUCCUUCUGCGGUGCGACGUCGUCAGCAAGGACAUGAUCGCGAUGGACGAGGCGCUGCGGAGGCUCGGCACUCUGUUCUACGUGGUGUCCCCGAGGGCCUCUUCCUUCAGCACGGUCGAGGAGGUGCCGAACUACAUCAAUGAGGCGAUCCCCUGGUUCUUCGUCAUCGUGCUCGCAGAGGAGCUGUGCGGGCGAGUGCAAGGUCGUCAGCUGGGCCGCAUGUGUGAUAACGUGACCUCGCUGGGUCACGCUACGCUCUAUGAGUCCGUCAAGUUGCUGACAAGAUGGUUCGAGAUGACCGGCUACCUGUGGCUUUACGAGUACCGUCUGCUGGACCUGGAGUCUUCGCCGCUGGCCGUGUGGUUCGCUGGCUUCCUGGCGGCCGACUUCGUGUACUACUGGUUCCAUCGAGCUUCCCACGAGGUGAGCCUGAUCUGGGCGUGGCACCAAGUCCACCAUUCCCACGAGGACUACAACGUCACCGUGGCACUCCGGCAGUCCAUGUUCCAGAGACUCUUUGCCUUGGGUUUCUACCAGCCCAUGGCACUGUUGGGAGUGCCGCUGCCCGCCAUCUGCGUCCACUUCCAGCUCAAUCUCCUGGCGCAGUUCGUGAUCCACACGGAGCUCGUGGGUCGACUGGGCGCUCUGGAGUGGGUCCUCAACACGCCCUCGCACCAUCGCGUCCAUCACGGAGCCAACAAGUACUGCCUGGACAAGAACUACGGCGGUUUCCUCAUCAUCUGGGACAGACUCUUCGGCACGUUCCAGGCGGAGCGGGACGAGGAGGAGAUCGUCUACGGCCUCGUGCACCAGCCUCGGACCAGCAACGUCGUCUGGCUGCAGUUCUUCUACAUUCACAACAUCGUGAGAAAAGCCCGCAGCAUGAGCACCUGGGGCGACUUCUUCCGCGCCUUCGUCUGUGGCCCCGGCUGGCUCCCAGGGACGCCUCGCCUGGGGGACCUUGAGACCUUCCCUGACGUCCGUGGGAGGGUGAAACACGACCCCCAGAUUCCCCUGUGGCAGAAGGGCUACACGGGCACGCAUUUCAUCGUCGCUCUUCUUGUGCAGCAGGUCUUCACGUUCCACUUCGAGCUGUUAUCGUGGGCGGGCAGAGCGGCGUUCUUCGGGUUCCUCUUGGCAACAAUGGGAAACAUCACCGCCAUGUACGACGCGUGGCGAUGGGCGCCCUUGGUCGAAGUCACUCGCUGCGCCUCCUACGUCGCCUUCGCCAGUACGAGCGGCGUCUCGGGCUGGGCCGGCCUGGACACGGCCCUCGCGACGUUUUAUGCCGUGUCUUCUCUCGUGUGGCUCUCCCCGAGUCUGAGUUUAAUACAGAAGGGGUUUAAGAAGAAAGUGAUGUGAGGUAAAACACGGUUGGCGCUUUGCUGUUGUUUUUAGCAAAGGUUGUAACGGUGCUGUAUCGGAGGACCUUAAGAGGGAAGUGAUGUGAGAGAGGACACAUUUCUUGAUCCGUAUUCGUUGCGACAAAUGUAUGAAAUCUUCACAAUACAAGAGAUGUAUCUGACAGGUUUCAAUAAUAUCUUCGUCGGAAAUAUAUUCGUCAGAAAUUAAAGUAUUUCUGUUAAUGUAUUUCUGACGAAGAUAUAAUCGAAAUCGGUCAAUUCUCUUGCAUUGUUAACAGAUUACAUUGCCACUAUGUAUGAAUGUACCUCAAGUUACCAAGUUGGCUUUUGUAUACGAAUGAAAAAAUAAUAAUUCAAGAUCAAGAUUUUUUUUCUUUGUCUCUGUUUCAAGAUCCGUUUAUGUUAAACUUUUCAUGAAUGUCAAAAAUACUAGAUGAGAAUACUGCACAAAAUAGGCUUACUGAAUGAUAAAACAACAAUUUUGAAGUCUUCCUGGAGUUGGAAUUCGGGAGGAUUUCUUAACGUCUUGUGAAAUUUCCCUAUUCCUUCGGUAAUCUCUUACUCAUUUCAUUCACUUCCAUCUCCUGGCUUGCGUUUAUUUCUCUCACUUUCGUUCUUAUACUUACGUCCUUAUACCUACCCCCGAUCCACUCCCCAAAUACCCUACCUGUCCUCUCGACUCCCUCGAUACCUGGUCCCGAAUCCUGAUCCGAACUUGGGUAAUCCAGCGGGCGGCGCUCAGACGCGUCGGAGAGGAUUCCCGCCCACACACGCCACACAUCCACAUUGUAUUUACUGCCAAGCCAUGCUGUACAUGCAUUUGUGUAAAUAAAACCAUUGAAUCACCAUGCAUCUCGAGUUUCCCCUUGUGCUUCGAGCAGUUCGAACUCUUGAGUGGCGAAUAAGCCAGGUGACAGGUCUUAUUUUAUUUAGAUUUUGUCGGUCUUUACCCAAAGUAUGAAGUCCGUCUGAAAAGUGGAUGGAAGCAUAACUGUUUUUCAUUUUUUAUAUGUUUAUUUAGUUUAUUUUACGUUUUUUUUAGACAAAUUAUUUUCAUAAAGACGAGCCCCGCCUCGUACUUAAACGUUGCCAUUUAUUUUACGUUAUUAAGGACUUUUUAUUAUCUUUUAAAAAUACUUUAAUCUUAAUCUUAUUCAUUAUAAUCAUUUAUUCAUAUCGGGGACGUGUUUUAUGACAACUCUGAAUACUUUUCCCUUUUUACUACUUACUUACGACUUACUACUACUUACGACCUGCCACGCCACCUGUUCAAUGAAGGCUUACUGGGGAGACUUGAGUUAUGAAAGAUUUGUUACGUGUUUUUGUUUCAUAAGUUUAAUAUGUUGUUUUACUGAGUUUGCCAACGGUGUUUUUUUUAAUUCAUUGUUGUCUUGCUUCUAAUGAUCUUUUGUGUAAAUUUUGCAUCAGUUUCUCUUUACCUUUUUAUUAUUCAUUGCUCUUAAUUAACACCUUUCUUCAAUAAACUGUUCUUAAAUUACUUAACUUGAAUUUUGUUAAAACUAUUGCCACAAUGAGGUGGCCUACCUGUAUAUAUAUAUACUACCUGUGAAUAUACAGCAAUUGUCUGUAA